CCACAGUCCGGACACAUUCCAUCGUACGAUGCGUUUGUUUAUUCUGACCGGUCGUUUAGCUUCAUGAAAAAUACAACAGUGGCAGGAUGCAGGUCUUCGCACGUUCAUCAAAAGACGGAAAUGACGUCAUACCGUAUGUUGCAUAUCCGCUCUACGAGAACGGCGGGAGCGCCUCCCUGGUUGGUCCAUACACCACAGGAUAUUCUGGAAACUUCGCUGAUCCUCAGGCUGCGGUGGGUUUAAAUUAUGGAUUACCUCAAGCUUUCACACCCGUAGAUUACUCCGGCGUGGCUAACAGUAAGAAGACAUCCAAGCGAGGCUACCAGAAUUUAAAGAUUUGUUUGAUUGUUUCCCUUGGCCUGACAUUGAUGUUGAUAGGGGCUGCCGUGGUUGCCAUCGCAUUUUUAGCGACAUCAGAUUCUAAACCCGAUUCUAAAAUUUCACAAUCCAGUUCAGCGUCUCUAGGGAGCAACCAGUCCGGUGCCUCUUCAACCACACCCCAGCCUAACAUCAUCUACAUCACACAACCAUCCCCAGCCCUGUACCAGCCUACAACCAGCCAACCACUGGCUGUACAACCCGCUACAACAACAACCACCACCAUCACUACGACUCCAUCUACAACCACAGCGUCGACAUCAGCAACAACAGCCCAAACACCAAUCACAACCACAACCAACGACAACACCCGUUACAUCAACGUCAACGUCAACUUCCAUACCAACAUCAACAUCAACCUCCACGUCAACAUCAACACCACACACAACUGUCCCAGCUACUCAAACUCCACAGUUAAACUUCUCAUCACCAACAACCACAUUCACAAACUACACAUCGACAGCAACAACAACAACCAUAGCAUCAUCAAACAUUCAUUUUGCAGAUCCGACCACGACAUCAUCACCAGAAACAACAACAUCCUCAACUACACCACAACCACAACACCGACAACUACAACUACAACACCGACAACUACAACCACAACACCGACAACUACAACAACAACAACACCGACAACUACAACCACAACCACAACACCGACAACUACAACAACAACACCGACAACUACAACAACAACACCGACAACUACAACAACAACACCGACAACUACAACAACAAUAACAACACCGACAACUACAACAACAACACCAACAACUACCACUACAACAACAACUACCACAACACCGACAACUACUACUACAACACCAACCACCACAACUACACCAACUACAACCACUACCAGGACUACCACAACUACAACUACACCCACGACCACCACAACAAGACCAACUACUACAACCACAUCUACAACUACGACAACAACAACAACCCUCCCAGCAAUAGCACCAGUAUUGGUGACGUCACUAGAUCCCCUCAACCUGUACCUACCUGCAGAGUUCCGAUGUAACUUAACAGCAUCCAGGUGGAACAGUGUUGUGUUCAGAACGUAA